AUGUCUGAGUUACAAGGACGCAAGGUCUUCAAGGUCUUCAACCAGGAAUUUGUUGUGGAUGAGCGAUACAAUGUGACGAAAGAACUGGGCCAGGGUGCAUAUGGCAUCGUCUGUGCCGCUACCAACAUCCAUACCGGGGAAGGUGUCGCUAUCAAGAAAGUCACCAAUGUCUUCAGCAAGAAAAUCUUGGCGAAACGGGCGUUGAGAGAGAUCAAACUCUUGCAGCAUUUCCGGGGCCACCGUAAUAUCACCUGUCUGUACGACAUGGAUAUCCCACGGCCAGAUAACUUUAACGAGACAUACAUCUACGAAGAGGUGAUGGAGUGUGACCUGGCGGCUAUCAUUCGCUCCGGGCAGCCCCUGACGGACGCGCAUUUCCAGUCCUUUAUCUACCAGAUCCUGUGUGGGUUGAAGUAUAUCCAUUCCGCAAAUGUCCUGCAUAGAGAUUUGAAGCCUGGCAACCUCCUCGUGAAUGCCGACUGUGAGCUCAAGAUCUGCGACUUUGGUCUGGCCCGUGGCUUCUCGAUUGAUCCGGAGGAGAAUGCGGGAUACAUGACCGAGUACGUCGCGACCAGAUGGUACCGUGCGCCGGAGAUCAUGCUGAGUUUCCAGAGCUAUACGAAAGCUAUCGAUGUAUGGUCUGUAGGAUGCAUUCUGGCCGAGCUACUCGGGGGCCGGCCCUUCUUCAAGGGCCGCGACUAUGUCGACCAGCUCAACCAGAUCCUGCACUAUCUGGGCACGCCCAACGAAGAGACCCUGUGCCGCAUCGGUUCUCCGCGCGCCCAGGAAUACGUCCGCAACCUGCCGUUCAUGCCCAAGAUCCCCUUCCAGCGCCUCUUCCCCAGCGCUAACCCCGACGCUCUCGACCUGCUGGACCGCAUGCUUGCAUUCGAUCCCUCGUCACGGAUUUCCGUCGAGGAGGCCCUGGAGCACCCUUACCUGCAGAUCUGGCAUGAUGCGUCCGACGAGCCCACCUGCCCCACGACGUUCGACUUCCACUUUGAGGUCGUCGACGACGUGCAGGAGAUGCGCCGGAUGAUCCUCGACGAGGUGAUCCGCUUCCGCGCUCUUGUCCGCCAGCAGUCCCAAGCGCAGGCAGCCGCCGCCGUCGCCGCCCAACAGCAACAGCUGGGGAACAACGUCCCUAUCCCCGACCAGCAGAACCAGGGCACCUGGAAGCAUGAAGAACCCAAGCCCCAGGAAGCGUUUGCCGCAGGCGGCCAUGCCAGUGAUCUGGAAGCAUCGCUGCAGCGAGGCAUGGAUGCUCACUAG